AGCUGGGCACUAGGAAUGCUUUGAAACUGAGUAGCUGUGUGAUUUCAGAGGUUAUGUUGCUUCUCUACUACAUUUUAGUUUCGAACUUGUACUAAUGUUUCUCUCCCCUUUCUUACUGGUGGGAAAAGCACAAUUUGGGCUCAACAGAUUCGGCUCAGGUCUAAGUCGCCUGCCGGGGCCACGUCGCCAGGAAACGACGUCUCCCCGACACCUUCCCUCCCAGUCCGGGCUCUCUGCAGGGAUUCACCUCGUCCCUCUCCCAACGACCCCCAGGCACACCUGGGACAGAUGCGAAAUAUGCUGCUUCUCCGGAGCAAAGAUGACCCGGAGGACCGGGGGAAGACCUUCCCACGCGCACGACUCGCGAUCUUCCCAGUGCCCCAGAGCCAGGGACCCCACGUCCGUCUACCCCAGCCCGCGGCACCGAACCUGCUCACAACUGCGACUCGUCAGGUCCCCUUGGACACCGCGGGAAACGGAAAUUCACCGUCGCGCCGACUCCCCUGAGGGGAAAAAAAAAAAGGCAGAAAAAAGAGACUGGUGCCUAGACGACUUUCCGGGGAAAGCUGGAGGAAAGACUCCCCAACAGCUGGGUGCAGGCGCCUGCGCCGCCUGCGCAGUGCGUUGCACCGGGUCCGCGUCCCUCCGGAUUCCGCCCCAAUCCGCCCUCAGAAUCCACGGCCUCAACUCCUGCAGUGGCACUCUGCAGCAGCCUACACCGCCCUCCAGGAGUCCUUCCCCAAGGCCAGGGCAGCGGUGCAGCCUGGAGCGGGUUACUUGAUGCCGUGCAAAAGCCAGAAGGAGACCAUUUGGUCCUGGCAGCCCCGGAGUCACCGUACCCGGGGCGAAUGGACUAUGGCUGAUUGGCAGUCCGCUUCCUCCUCUUUAAAGAUGACAGAUGAGAGAGAUCUCGCCUUCUGGGAGUGCCCCAAAGCCCUCUUUUGGCCGGAAUCGGUGGCUCAUCCCUGUAAUCCCAGCCCUUUGGGAGGCCGAGGCGGGAGGAUGGCUUGAGCUCAGGAGUUCAAGACCAGCCUGGGCAACAUAGGGAGACCCCGUCUCGCGGGAAAAAAAAAAAAAAAAACAAACAAAAAAACAGACGGGUAUGGUGACUCACGCCUGUAAUCCCAGCACUUUGGGAGUCCAAGGCAGGAGGACUGCUUGAGCCCAGAAGUUCAAGACCAGCCUGGUCAACAUAGGGAGGCUAUGUCUCUCUCUCAAAAAAUAAAAAUAAAAUAAAUAAAAGCCGGCGUCGUGGCGGGCGCUUGUGGUCCCUGUGCUCCCAGCUACUCUGGAGGCUGAGGCGGGACGAUCGCUUGAGCCUGGGAGGCGGAGGUUGCAGUGAGCUGAAAUGGAGCCACUGCACUCCAGCCUGGGCAACAGAGCAAGACACUGUCUCAAAGAAAAAUAAAUAAAUAAAAUAAGGCCCUCUUUUUCCAAGAUCAACAGACUCUGAGGGCAGGGACAAACUGACCCAGCCUAAACUGUCUCGCCUUCCCUGCUCCUGGGAAAGGGGCUUUCCCUGAGGGAAUGUAGCAUCUUGACGUUUUCUUCCUGCACAGCUUUGCCUUCCCAAGGAUCCUCGCACUGCCACCUGAGGAGAUGCCUUGGAGCCCAUCUAACACCCAGCCCAGCUACUUGGGACGCCUAGAGCGUACAUUGUCAGAGGAUGCAUCUUCCUUUAGUCUUGGAGGGGUUCCUUUUAAUAUGAUCCCACCGGUGCACUCAAGGCUCGAUUCUACACCAAAAAAUUAGGCCCACUCCUGUCACCGAGACCCCCAAGCUUCAGGUCCUGUCACAGGGACCUUGUUUUCACCCCCAGCAGCCCCCAGGUAUUCACUCUGCAUAGGCUAUAUACUGGGUGCUAGACUAGGGAGGCUACCCACGUGGCGCAUGCUUCCCUUAUCCAUGAAGAGCUUAGGAGGUAACUUCUUCACACUAGGCCUCUUUUUGGAGAUGUCAGUAUUCAGGUAGACAAUCCUUCUAACAUCCUUUUGAUCUCAUGAAGCCCACUCCUGUCCUCUGCCCUACCUCAGCUUCCCUGUCCUUCCAUGAUCAGACCUUAGACCUUGUCAGGUCCAAGGACUGCAAACCCCACAGUAUCCCACUCUGACCACCACCUCCUAGCUAUCCAGGUUACUCCCUGUACUGCCCUGAAACAAAACUCCUGCAACCUUACCAGCACCUCCAAUCCAGAUCUUACUACCUGUUCACUGUUUCUUCCUUCCUUUAUGACUUUUCCCUCUCUAGUGAGCCAGCCUAAACUCCAUGGCCAACCAUUCUCAUUGGUCCCUUGCACACCUCCUCAACUCACCCACCUCCCUGUCACUUCCUAUAUGCUUGGUAAGAUGCGAGCCCUGGAUAAACCAGCUGUCCAUCUAUUCCAUGCCACAACGAUGCAACUAAACAUGGCUGGAGGAAAAUAGGACCAUGUCAGCAGUCCUCACUUUAAUCAUUCUUUGUCCGAUCUACUCAAUCUCCCAUUGUUCCAAAUGAGUAUUUUGCACUUCCUCCUCUCUGUUCAAUCCUUCCUACUGCCUCCCCUUUCCUUGCCUCCUGAAAAAGGAAAAGAAAAAAGACCUUUUGAAAAAAGAAGGGAUAAGUGUCCACAACUCAGUGUGAAGUGUUUAAAAGAGAGCCACACAAGUAUGAAGAAAGCCAGAAGUGAGUAACCUGCAGAAAAGUAGAUAAAGGUUCUGAUCUGGAUCCAGAUGAGAAGUGGAAUGGCAAGUGAAAAUCAGGAAAUAUUUUGAAGAAGAUAAAUAUUCCUGGAUAUCUUUGAACACCUGGUAAAUUGUUAAGUUCUUAUAUAUAAUAAAGCAAGGUUGUAGGUUCCUCUUUUUA